AUGAUCCCUUCAAUGAUGGGACGCGAGGGCCGGUCGGGCCAUCACCGGCAAGAGGUCCAUGAAUAUGAAAGUUCUACUGUUCAGAGCCGAAAGCCCAAAAAGGUAAGGUUUUGUCUCCUUUUUCUUGGAUUUUAGAGCACAAUGAAGGUUUCCAGAUAACUUUUGAGGUCCUGCGAUCGAUUUUUCUAGCUCUACUGUGCAUCCGUUUACUAUGUACUACCUAAAUUUCACCUUUUAGGAAGAGAAAGAGGGCUUCCUAGGAAAGUUUGGCACUCUGACCAAGAGGAAGAAGUCUGUCCCGCCAGAGGAACGUGGUCAUUCCGCUGAGAGAGAUGCCCAAUUGAGCAAGGAACAAAAAGAAGAGCAAGAAGCCGAACUCCUCGAAAAAGAAGGCAAGGAGACCAUCGAAAGCUGUUUGGUUCUCCAUCAACCCGAUCUGAAAUUGCUGGAAGAUGGUUAGUAAUUUAUUUUCUUUCUAAUUCAUUUGAUUUUUAGGAAAAAAUUGGAAGUUUUAUCCAAAAUUACCUUGUUGUAGGUCAAAGUGUCCGAGUUUUGGUUCCGGAAUCCCGCGAUGAUCCGCAAGUCAACGAAAUCGUCAACCAACUUCUCUAUUGGGUCAAUGACGAGCUGGCCGACGAAAGAAUUGUUGUGCGGAAUGUGCAGGAGGACUUUUACGACGGCCAAAUUGUCCAAAAGCUGUUGGAAAAGCUGGCCGACAUCAGAAUCGAGAUCCCCGAGGUGUCGCAAUCCGAAGCCGGCCAAAAAGAGAAGUGGAAUGUCCUCGUGGACGCGCUGAACCGCAACAUUCACGCGCAAGGCCCGGUGUCGAAACGCUGGAACGCCGAACUUAUCCAUCAGAAAGAUGUGGUCGCCAUUCUCCAACUUUUGAUCGACCUGGCUCUCCACUUCCGCGCACCGAUCCGUUUCCCCAAUAAUGUGAAUGUCCAGAUGAUUGUCUACACGAGGAAUGGACGCCAGAUUCAGAAGUCCUUCCAGACCGAGCAGCUCACCGGAAAACAAUCGGACCUUCCGCCGCCAAAGGGAGAAAGAGAUGCCUUCGAUACGCUCUUUGAUUAUGGCCCGGACAAGCUUCAGCAUGUCAAGGGAAGUCUGGUCGCCUUCUGCAACAAACAUCUGAACAAGAUCAAUUUGGAAGUCACGGAUUUGGAAACACAAUUUCAGGUGAGUGCUUGAAAUUUCGAAAUUUCAUUGCUUUUUAAUCCGUUAUUGCAAAAAAUCCGCGAUUUUUGACUAAAUUUGUAAUCUUUAGGUCUAAAGUAAGAUGAAAUGAUCUUUCACAUUCAAUUUUUGCAACCGUUCAUUUGGGGCUGAUCGGGUCGGACCAAUAUUUAUAUCCAAUGUUGCAAAAUAGUUUGACUAGCUAGCCAAAAGGGUUAUUCUGUGUUCAUUUACGCCGUAGGGUCGUUCAUGACCAAGCGCGCGACCUAGGUCGUGACCAAGAUGAAGUUGGUUGCCCAAAUUUACCCGAAAACGGUCGCAAUGCUUGACUGUGAUGGAUAGGUCGUUCAUACCUCACUAUGACGGACCCGAUCCAGUGGCAAAAAACGCAGCAUUUUCCAUCCGGGAAGUUUCAAAAAUGUGGCAAAAUACUUCCCUCUCCAAGUGAAAAAACUUCGUUUUGAAGGGUGCGCCCUUUCCUUCACAAAAAGAGUAGUUUUUCACUUGGAGAUCGAAGAAUUUUGCCACAUUUUUGAAACUUUCCGGAUGAAAAAUGCUGCGUUUUUUGACACUGGAUCAGGUCCCCCAUUGUACCUAGGUCACGAGCUUGGUGACGACAUGACCUAAAGAAAGUGCCUUGACCAUCAUAGCCAAGCAUUGAGACCGUUUUCGGGGAAAUUUGGGCAACCAUCUUGACCUUGGUCACGACCUAGGUCGCGAGCUUGGUGAUGAGCGACCCCUCCUACGGUUUGAACACAGAGUAACCCCCUUGGCUAGCUAGUCAACCAAUUUUGCAACGUUGUAUAUAAAUAUUGGCCCGACCCCAAAUGAAAGGUUGCAAAAAUUGAUUGUAAAAGAUCAUUUCAUCUUACUUUAGACCUAAAGAGUAUAAAUUUAUUGUUAGUCAAAAAUCGCGGAUUUUUUUGCAAUAAGAUUAAAAAGCAAUGAAUGCCCCGAAUGAAGGGUAGCCGAAAUUUUCUCAAUUGGACUGCCAAAGUUUCCCCUUGCCAUGUCAUCAUGGAUAAUAAAUAUAAUAAUUCCAGUUUUUUUUCAGGAUGGAGUCUUUCUAAUUCUUCUGAUGGGCCUUCUGGAAGGAUACUUUGUUCCUCUGUACAAAUUCGCCCUCCAAGUCACCUCACAUGAAGAGAAAUUGAAGAAUGUGAACUUCGCCUUCUUCCUCAUGGAGGACAGCGGAAUUCAGAAGCCGAAGACAAGACCCCACGACAUUGUAAAUGGUGAUUUAAAGUCGACUUUGAGAGUUCUUCACGCUCUCUUCACCAAGUAUAAGCACGUUUAA